GAUUAGCAAAGCAAAGUGUAGUUUCCACAGCCCGUCAGCGAGCUGCGAAGGACUGCGUUCUAAUUACAUUUUGCGAACACGCAAGGAUAAAAUAGCGCAAGUAUUCGGAACGGAGGUACAUUUCGAGGAGUUGUUCGGAGCCGAGUGGCGGGAGAGAGAAGGAUACACAUUAAUUUAGUGGGAAUGCAGGGAAUUAAAUAGAUACUUAGGCAUUUUGUGUGGCUACAAGUGUGUGUGGCUUUGCAACCCAUCCUGAGAGCAAGCGGAAAACUCACAACUGAGUCCCACUUACAACUGACUUCAGCGUUCACGUCUGGAGUGGUAAUGUCUUGAACCGGAGGUCUCUCCAGCCCAGUAAAGGACGUGCCAGUGCCGAGUUGCUGCUAAUGGGAACUUCUGCUCCGCCAUGAGUACUCGUGAUGGCGUCGGGGGCAUGGGCACCCUGGGCCGGCGGCCACGCUUCGAGAACUCAGAGUUCACCGUGCGCAUCUACCCUGGCUCUCUGGCUGAGGGAACCAUCUACUGCCCGAUCAGUGCCCGCAAGACCACCACAGCAGCUGAGGCCAUCGAACGCGUCAUCGAACGCCUGCAGCUGGACCGCACCAGGUGUUAUGUUCUGGCUGAAGUGAAGGAAUUUGGUGGGGAAGAAUGGAUUCUCAACCCCAGCGACUGCCCCGUGCAGAGGAUGAUGCUCUGGCCCCGAGUGGCACUAGAGCAUCGGCCACUGUCUGGCGGUGAAGACUACCGCUUCCUUCUCAGGCAGAAGAACCUGGAUGGCUCUAUUCACUAUGGGGGCAGCCUCCAGAUGUGGCUGCAGGUCACAGAGGAGCGCAGGCGUAUGGUGGAACGUGGACUGCUCCCACAGCCUGAGGCUCAGGGUGACCACGCAGAUCUUUGCUGCCUGCCGGAGCUCAACGAACGCUCACUGCUGGACAACCUGCGCUCGCGCUUUCGCCAGGAAAAGAUCUACACGUAUGUUGGAAGCAUUCUCAUCGUCAUUAACCCCUUCAAGUUCCUGCCCAUUUACAACCCCAAGUAUGUUAAGAUGUAUGACAACCACACGCUGGGAGAUUUGGAGCCACAUAUUUACGCGGUGGCAGACGUGGCGUACCAUGCCAUGCUGCAGAAGGAGAGAAAUCAGUGCAUUGUUAUAUCUGGGGAGAGUGGCUCUGGGAAGACACAAAGCACAAACUUUCUCAUCCAUCAUCUGACCGCUCUCAGCCAGAAAGGUUUUGCCAGUGGAGUGGAGCAGAUCAUCCUUGGGGCCGGGCCAGUACUAGAGGCAUUUGGGAACGCAAAGACAGCCCACAAUAACAACUCAAGUCGCUUUGGCAAGUUCAUUCAGGUGAACUACCGGGAGAGCGGCACUGUGAGAGGAGCAUACGUGGAGAAAUACCUGCUGGAGAAGUCGAGGCUGGUCUAUCAGGAGCACAAUGAGCGAAACUACCAUGUCUUUUACUACCUGCUGGCAGGAGCAAGUGAAGAAGAGAGGAGAUCCUUUCACCUCAUGAAACCUGAAGAAUACCAUUACCUCAGUCAGAUGCCAAAGUCAACCCACCAACAGCACUGGGACAGUUACUGUGAUAGUGAACCGGACUGCUUCAACGUGGAAGGAGAAGACCUGAAGCAUGACUUUGAGAGGCUUCAGCUGGCCAUGGAGAUGGUGGGCUUUCUCCCUUCCACGCGCAAACAGAUCUUCUGCCUGCUGUCCGCCAUCCUUCACCUGGGCAACAUCCGCUACAAGAGGAAAACCUACAGGGAUGACUCGAUCGACAUCUGUAACCCAGAGGUGCUGCCUGUCGUCUCAGAACUACUGGAGGUGAAAGAAGAGAUGCUGUUUGAAGCUCUGACGACACGGAAGACGGUCACUGUCGGAGAGAAACUGAUUGUUCCUUACAAACUUUCAGAGGCUGGUACGGUGCGAGACUCAAUGGCGAAGUCUCUGUAUAGUGCUCUGUUUGACUGGAUCGUCUUCAGGAUCAACCACGCUCUGCUCAACAUUAAGGACCUGGAGGAGACCACCAAGAUCUUGUCCAUUGGAGUGCUCGAUAUUUUUGGGUUUGAGGAUUAUGAAAACAACAGCUUUGAACAGUUCUGCAUCAACUUUGCUAAUGAACGUCUGCAGCACUACUUUAACCAGCACAUUUUCAAGCUUGAACAGGAGGAAUACAGGGCAGAGGGCAUCAGCUGGCACAACAUUGACUACAUCGACAACACAGGCUGCAUCAACCUGAUCAGCAAGAAGCCCACAGCGCUGUUCCACCUCCUGGACGAAGAGUGCAAUUUCCCUCAGGCCACCAACCAGACUCUGUUGGAUAAGUUCAAGCGGCAGCAUGAGGGGAACAGCUACAUCGAGUUCCCUGCUGUCAUGGAGCCCGCCUUCAUUAUCAGACAUUAUGCCGGCAAAGUCAAGUACGGAGUGAAGGAUUUCAGGGAGAAGAACACAGACCACAUGCGUCCAGACAUCGUGGCUUUACUGAAGAGCAGCAAGAACGCCUUCAUCUGCGGGCUGAUGGGCAUCGACCCCUCAGCCACUUUCCGCUGGGCGGUACUCCGAGCCUAUUUCCGGGCCCUGGUGGCUUUUAGAGAGGCCGGGAAGAGACACACGCAGAAAAAGACUGGGCAUGAUGACGCUGCUCCCUGUGCAGUUUUGAAAAGUGUGGAUAGUUUUAGCUUUCUGCAGCACCCUGUGCAUCAGAGAAGCUUAGAGAUCCUGCAGAGAUGCAAAGAGGAGAAGCACAGUGUGACCAGAAAGAUUCCUCGAACCCCGCUAUCAGACCUUCAAGGAAGCAACACCAUUAAUGAGAACUCCCCACGGAGUUCUCCGAGCCUUGGAUGGAACGGGCGUGUGGGUCGACUCAGACGCUUGUCAUCCAGCAGCUCCACCACAGAAGAAGACGGCAUCUUUGUCAACUCUGCCAGUAGCAAACUCCUUGAGAGAGCCCACGACAUCCUCAUGAGGAACAAAAACUACAAAUCCAAGCCAGUUCUUCCCAAGCAUUUACUGAACGUCAGGUCACUAAAGUACCUGAGCAACCUGACUCUUCACGACCGCAUUACCAAGUCGCUGCUGCACCUCCACAAGAAGAAAAAGCCACCCAGUAUCAGUGCUCAGUUCCAGGCCUCCCUCAACAAGCUCAUGGAGACUCUGGGUCAGUCUGAGCCUUAUUUUGUCAAGUGCAUCCGUUCCAAUGCUGAGAAGCUGCCCUUAAGGUUUAAUGAUAACCUGGUGCUGAGGCAGCUGCGAUACACAGGAAUGCUGGAGACUGUGCGCAUCCGCCAGUCGGGCUACAACAUCAAGUACAUCUUCAAGGAUUUUGUCCAUCACUUCUGUCUGCUGCUCCCAGAAGGCACCAGUGCCACCAGAGAGGGAAUCCAGCAGAGCCUGGACCUGCUGGACCUAGAACCAGAUGGGUACCAAGUGGGAAAGACUAUGGUGUUUCUGCGGGAGGCUGAGCGUCAGCAGCUGCAGGCCCUACUCCACACUGAAGUUCUGAGACGCAUCGUCACGCUGCAGCGGAGAUUCAGAGCCCGGCUGGAGAGGAAGCAGUUUGUCAGAAUGAGAGAAGCAGCGAUCUGCAUCCAGAAAUGGUGGCAUCUAUACCAGCCUAUAGAAGAGGUGGAGGAGGAGAAUGAAUAUGACCCUAGCGUCCAGGAGGGAGCAGCUUUGUGUCUGCAGACAAACUGGCGAGGUUACAGGGAACGUCAGAGAUUCAGGCUGUGGAGGGAGGCAGCUCUGGUGCUGCAGAGGGCAUGGAGGUUAUGGCUGUACCGGCGCUGUACAGCAGCUCUGGUUAUCCAGACGGCCUGGCGCUGUCAUCAAGCCAGAGACGCCUAUCUGCGUCUGUACGUAGCUGUGGUGCAUUUGCAGCGACUGAGCAGAGGCUUCCUCGCCAGGAAGAGCUUCAGAAAACUAAGAGAGGAGAGGCUGCGGGAGAAAAAGGAGCAGCAGGAGAAGCUGCUUCAACUACAGAAUGGCCAGGUGAGUCCCUCACCAGAGGAAGAGGAGGAGUCCCCUGAGAGGAUCAUGGGUUUGGACCUCAGCACUUGGGAGGAUCGCUCCUACGAACAGCGAGAAAGGAGCCUGCAGGUCCUCAACAGCCAUGAGGGUGCAGUGAAAGAGGAAGAAGAAGGAGAGCAUUCUUGGACCAAAGAGAGUCCCUCUAAAGUGCAAACUGAAGCACCGGACUCGAUUCAGACCUCCACUGUGGUGGUGCGGGAGAGGUCCAGAACUAUAGAUGAACCUAGCCAGAAAACCACUCGCGCCAAGAGGGAGAGCCGGCGGAUGAGAGAGUUGGAGCAGGCCAAGUUCAGCCUGGAGCUCCUCAAGGUGCGAGCGACCAGUGGAGGUUCCUCGUCCCCGUCGGAAGAGCGACGCUGGUCCUUGGAGCUGGUGCCUCCUGCGACCCCGCCUCUUCGCUCUCCUCAAGGCACGCCCGACAGCCAGAGCUCCAAAGGCAGCUUCGAGCUUCUCAGCAUGGAGGACGAGCCACCUAAGGCUGUAGAAGAGAUUACAGACAGCGAGGAUCUCUGCUCCCCUGUUCUUCCAGUAGCUCCGCUACCUGAGCUUGAUGUGGAUAUUGUGUCGACAAGCCGAAUGCCAGUUGAACCACACAGGACUGAGGUUUCUGAUGCUGUUGUGCAUCCAGGCAGCGAGGCCAAAAUUGAUCUACCUGCCUCCUCUGCUCUCACACAUCCGCCCAAACUCGAGAACUACCUCCCUACCUUUUACGUCCCUGCUAGUGAGUGCAGCGCAGUCGUGCCCCAUCGUUCUGCUGAAGAGCCCAAACAAAACACAGAGACAUCUUUUUCCACCACCACCGUUACCAAGCCUUUUAAAGAGAGGCGAGAGUCAUCGCGUCGACCAGUGGUGGUGGUAAUCAGCAUGCAGAAAGAAAGCCAGAUAAGCCCAGAGCAGAGCAACGGGGGAGAAACCAGACCCCAACCCUGUCCAUACUUCUGUCCCUCGGGUGACCAGACCGUCAUAGAGAAGCUGGUGCGACUAAACGAGGAGAAAGAGGUAAGGCAGCGUAAUCAGCGGCAGCAGAAUGAGAAAGAGAUGAUGGAGCAGAUCAGACAGCAGAAAGAGGUGCUGGAGCGGCAGCGUCUUGUCUUUGCUCAGUAUGAGAGAGACAUGUUUGAGAAACAGAGAGGAGAAGCGCUGCACAAGAUCCAGCAUAUUCGACAGGGCGGACCAGAUGUUGGUGGAGCCGCAACCGCCGGGAAGCCCAUUAGACCCAGCUCCCUGCUGAUUGAGAAGACAGCAGGGUUAGCUCCUCAUGCCAGGACACACUCAGGCUCCACCGCCCCAUCAGUGCCCUCUGACCCAGUUUUAGACCUGCAGAGCAUUGCCCCUCGCCCUCAGCUGCCCCCUCCACCUGCCAGAGAAAAACGCAGGGAGAACAGGCCUGCUGCUGAAGGUUGGGCACCUAAACUCACGCUGGAGUCUAAAGAUGGAGGAGGAACCAGAGCAAGGACUGCAGUCAAGAAGCCUCCAAUUAAUCCAGGCGCCACGGUUAAUAUGACGGACAAACCGAACAUCUUCUUCUCUCCAAAGGACAAAGUGACCUUUACAAAGUUUGACAGUGACGCUGUCCCUAAAGUAACGCCAGCAGUGAUUCCCAGAGAAGGACCCUCACCAGUCCCCAAGCUCUCCAAAGGAGCAAAAGUGAGAGAUGUUGGCAGAACGGGCCAAAAAAAGAAAGUCAGAAUGGCACGGACCCGCUCAGACUUCCUCACCCGUGCCCCCAUCGUCUCAGUUGGGGGCGAAUCAGACGAGGAAGACUAUAAAGGAGACACCCCACGUCAUCAUUCUCUUCCCUUCUCCAAGCAGAGCCCCCCAGACGGAGGGCUUAAGGAGUCCUGUUUCAGUGACUCAGACAUGCCUGCCAGCUCUGAGGAACAGAAGAUACACAAAGCCAUGUCGUCAGGAGAUUUGGUCAAGGUGGAUUCCAUGCGCAAAAACUCACAGGAUGGAAGGGUUCGUAGGAUGCGUUUCUGGGGUAAGACGAAAUAUGGGGAAAAGAAGACUUCCAGAGAAAAGCUGAUCUGUGGGGGUGACUCUUUGGAUGGAGACUAUGGAGACACUGGGCCAUUGCUGGGAGAGGGUCAGGAGAACAUGUCGCCGCCCUGCAGUCCUGAUAUGAUGUUAGAUCGAGGGUACAGAGACUUGAAGGAGAACAAGGAGCCGUCUCCCAAGGUGAAGCGACGGCGCAGCGUUAAGAUCAGCAGUGUGGCUCUGGAACCUGCUCAGUGGCAGAACGACUCACUGCAGAUCCUCACCUGCACCAACGACUACAGGAGCAUGAAUGACUUCCUGAUGAAGAAGAUCAACGACUUGGAUACGGAGGACAGUAAGAAGGACACCAUGGUGGAUGUUGUGUUUAAAAAGGCGCUGAAGGAAUUCCGUUUGAAUAUCUUCAACUCUUACUCCACGGCUCUUGCAAUGGACGAUAAUAAGAGCAUCCGCUACAAGGACCUCUACGCUCUGUUUGAGCAGAUCUUGGAAAAGACAAUGCGACAGGAGCAGAGGGACUGGAGAGAGUCUCCUGUCACAGUAUGGGUCAACACCUUCAAAGUAUUCCUGGAUGAGUUCAUGACUGAGUACAAACCUCUGGACAGCUCAAUAAGCAGGCAGGUACCUAAACCUGAGCGUAAAAAAACGAGGAAGAAGGACACGGAUAUUGUGGAGGAGCAUAACGGCCACAUCUUCAAGUCCACCCAGUACAGCAUCCCCACAUACUGUGAAUACUGCUCAUCUCUCAUCUGGAUGAUGGACCGGGCCUGUGUUUGCAAAUUGUGCCGGUACGCCUGCCACAGAAAGUGCUGCCAGAAAACGACCAACAAAUGCAGCAAGAAGUUUGAUCCAGAGCUUUCCUCCAGACAGUUCGGAGUGGAGGUUUCUCGUCUGACUAAUGACGAGAGGACUGUGCCUCUGGUUGUGGAGAAGCUUAUCAACUACAUUGAGAUGCAUGGCCUCUACACUGAAGGAAUAUACAGAAAGUCUGGCUCCACCAACAAAAUCAGGGAACUCAAGCAGGGACUCGACACAGAUGUGGACGGCAUGAAUCUGGACGACUACAACAUCCACGUCAUCGCUAGUGUUUUCAAGCAGUGGCUGAGAGACCUCCCUAAUCCUCUGAUGACGUUUGAGCUGUAUGAGGAGUUUAUACGAACCAUGGCUUUGCAGGAUAAAAAGGAAACGAUCCGAGGAGUGUAUUCAGUUAUUGACCAGCUAAGCAGAACUCAUCUAAACACUCUGGAACGCCUCAUAUUUCAUCUCGUCAGGGUUUCUUUGCAAGAGGACACAAAUCGGAUGUCAGCUAACGCCUUGGCUAUAGUUUUUGCUCCCUGCAUCCUGCGCUGUCCUGACACCAUUGAUCCCAUGCAGAGUGUCCAGGACAUUGGCAAGACGACAGCGUGUGUAGAACUUAUCGUUUGUGAACAGAUGAAUAAGUACAGAGUUCGACUAAAGGAUAUCAACAGCCUCGAGUUUGCAGAGAAUAAGGCCAAGUGCAGACUGACCCUCAUUCGCCGAUCGAUGGGAAAAGGCCAUGUACAGCGAAUAAGCUACCACACACCCUCACCUCCAGUUAGUCCCCGGCUGCCAUCUGUGGUGGACCCCGUGAUAGAGGAGAGUGGCUGUGAAGAGGGAGAGGACUCUUCAACCAAGAUCUCAGAGCAUCAGCAGGCCGCUAUGCAGCAGGAAGAGAGAGUGUUGACGGAGCAAAUUGAGAGCCUGCAGAAAGAGAAAGAGGAGUUGACUUUUGAGAUGCUUUCUCUGGAGCCACGAGCCUCAGAUGAUGAGACCCUGGAGUCGGAGGCUUCUAUUGGUACAGCCGACAGCUCGGAAAACCUCAAUGUGGACUCUGAGGGAACUUUCUCUGACUUUUCUGAGAAAGGUCCGGUGUUGACUUCCCCAUGGCCUCAGAGGUCCGACAUGACAAGCCCCCGCCGGCGUGCUCUCCGCAGGCAGCCAGAGUCCCUGGACUCUGUGGACUCCAGUGUUUCUUCUUACUCUUCCUCAUCACACUACCAACCAUCGUCCUCGUCCUCUUCCGCCACCAGCCGGCGCUUUCGUUUCCACUCCAAGUCUCCCUCUGUAGGCUCAGGUCCAGCCCAGGCACAGUCACAGUCACAGUCACAGUCACAGGCACAGACACAGGCACAUGCACAGGCUCUGAAUACAUCUCAAGCCUCUCGAUCCGACUGCUUGGACAUCAGCCAUACAGGAGAUCAGGAAGAACAUAACGAAAGGCCCCAGUUUACCAGCCGAGGCACAUUCAACCCAGAGAGGGGCAAACAGAAACUUAGAGGGACCAAGCCUUCUUCCCUGAGGCACUCCAGAGGAGGCAGUGGUCAUAGCAGGGACCCUCCAGACAUACCACAGCAGCUUGUGUUGUAUGGCAGUAAUGAAUUCAUGGUAUGAAGGUCACUGCGACACCAAAGCACUCACUUUCCAACUCCCUGGCAAGCGUUUACAUUCUUAAUGGGAGGUAACUUAAUGGCAACUGAUCUCCACUCCUCAAGCAUUCUUGCUUCGCUUUUCCUGAAGUCUGCGAUGAAGUGUCCCCAAGUGCCGUGUACAGUGUUUCCAUGUUUGAACUGCCACCCAUGCUCUCACAGUGCCUCGGCAGCUCUUUACUCUGCGCCAAGAGGAGAUGCACUGAGAAGGAGGACAGAGAAAAGGGAACGUUGGAAUAUGCAGGAGACCACUCGGUAUCAGGGAAUGGUAUGGAGCCUGGAAAACGGAAGACAAAUAAGAAAUCAGGCAACAUCAGGCGUCACAGAUGUUACAGUGAACUUAAAGCUCACAAUAAUUAGCUGCUUUAUGAGUUUACAGUUCAUAACAAUCAGUGUAAGCAGCAGUUGCUCUGUUUCUACAAAUUCAUAUCUCCUUAUUUAAUUAAUUUUAAUGUCACAGAAAUUCUUUAUAGCAUAUAAUAUACAGGUAAAAAUACUGUACAAAGCCGGAACACCAGCCUCUGCUGGGUAGUUGAAGUCAAAUAUUUAUCUUUUUAUUUUAAUUUUUUUUUAGUAUCUUGUAAAGAGAUGUAUGGAUUUGGGCAGAGGUGUGUGUGUGUGUGUGUGUGUGUGUGUGUGUGUGUGUGUGUGUGUGUGUGUGUGUGUGUGUGUGUGUGUGUGUGUGUGUGUGUGUGUGUGUGUGUGUGUGUGUGUGUGUGUGUGUGUGUGUGUGUGUGUGUGUGUGUGUGUGUGUGUGUGUGUGUGUGUGUGUGUGUGUGUGUGUGUGUGUGUGUGUGUGUGUGUGUGUGUGUGUGUGUGAAAGCAUGACUGUAUGUGUGAAAGACAAAAACCACUUCAUGUGUUUUGAGUUUGUGCUGCUUUUUUCCCUUUACAAGGGAAAUACCGCCAUCAAAGGGACCAAUCAGCUGGUGCGUAUUCCAGCCAAAGGGGAUCCCAGCUAUGUAAAGAAUGUCGGAUGUGUAUAAAAUCCCUGCAUUCACUGCUUAACAGCCAUACAACAAUUGUAAUUGUACAGUACAGUUCAUAUGUACAGUAUAGUGGACAAAUGCCAUUCUAUUCUUGAAACCUAUUGUUACCCAUCCACUCCCAAACCCAUCCCCACCACCUGUCUCUAAAGUGUUUGCUCAAUAGCAACCAAGAAAAAACAUAAAAUCA